UGGAUCCCCGUCACCAUGCUGGGCCGCCUGGUUAAAGACAUGAAGAUCAAGUCCCUGGAGGAGAUCUACCUGUUCUCCCUGCCCACUAAGGAAUCCAAGAUCAUUGACUUUUUCCUGGGCGCAUCCCUAAAGGAUGAGGUCCUAAAGAUCAUGCCAGUGCAGAAGCAGACUUGGGUUGGCCAGCGGACCAGGUUCAAGGCUUUUGUCGCUAUUGGGAACUACAAUGGUCAUGUUGGUCUUGGUGUUAAGUGCUCCAAGGAAGUAGCCACUGCCAUCCGAGGGGCCAUCAUCUUGGCCAAGCUGUCCAUUGUCCCUGUGCGGAGAGGCCACUGGGGGAACAAGAUUGGCAAGCCCCACACUGUCCCGUGCAAAGUGACAGGCCGCUGUGGCUCUGUGUUGGUGCGUCUCAUCCCUGCCCCCAGGGGCACUGGCAUCGUCUCUGCUCCUGUGCCUAAGAAGCUACUGAUGAUGGCCGGUGUUGAUGACCGCUACACGUCAGCCAGGGGCUGCACUGCCACCCCGGGCAACUUUGUCAAAGCCACCGUUGAUGCCAUCUCCAAGACCUACUGCUACCUGACCCCAGACCUCUGGAAAGAGACAGUGUUCACCAAGUCUCCUUAUCAGGAAUUCACUAACCACCUUGCUAAAACCCACACCAGAAUCUCUGUUCAGAGAACCCAGGCUCCAGCUGUGGCCACCAUAUAA